UGAUCUGUUUCCUUACUUUAAAAUAUGUAGUUUUAAAUUUUAAUGCCUGUAAACAUUAGAUAACAAAUUGUAAUAAUAUUGAAAACUUUCAAAUGGCAUCGCAUUUGUUAGUUAUGACAACUCGCGUUGUUAAUAAUCUUAGAAAUAUAAAUCAACUGGGAUUGUACAAACACUUGUCCACAAGUAAUUUGCGCUACACUUUAAAUGCUGAGGAAAAUGCAAAAUUGAAAGAACCUGAGCAAAAAGAUCCUAAAAUUGUUUUGCAAGAUCCACUUGAACUGCAACAGCAAGAAGCUCUACAUGGAUACAUUACAGUUACCACUGAAGAGAAUGUUGGUAUUGUUUCUGGAGUUCCCGAGGAACACAUUAAGAAUCGAACAGUUCGAAUUUAUCAGCCAGCAAAGAAUGCUAUGCAGUCUGGUACAAACAACACGAAUUUUUGGCAAAUUGAAUUUGAGACUCGUGAACGAUGGGAGAACCCUCUAAUGGGAUGGACUUCAACGGGAGAUCCUAUGUCAAACGUUAAAGUCGAUUUUGAGACGAAAGAAGAAGCCAUGCAGCAUUGUAAAAAAAUGGGUUGGCAAUUUUCUGUACAAAAGUCAUCUGAUGAUCAGCCAAAGCAACGUACAUACGGUACAAAUUUUUCUUGGAACAGAAGAACCAGAGUAACUACAAAAUAAACCCUAAAAAAGUUUAAAUCAAUUAUAGAACUGUAAAUGAUCUUAUGAAUAUUUAAAUAAAGUUUUGAGUGUGUCACUAUUAAGUAUUUAA